CGCGUGCCUUGUUUACAGAAAGAGAGAGAGAGGGGGAGAAAGAAAAUCAAAUAGUUUUCUCAGAUAUUAUUUCCCUCCAAUUAUUUCAACACAACACGCUCUCACUCACAUUCACACUCACACUUCUUCUUCUCCAUUCCAAAUCCAAGCAUGGACGAACGCUACAACCCCCGCACCGUCGAAGAGGUCUUCAGAGAUUUCAAGGGCCGCCGAGCCGCCAUCGUUAAGGCCCUCACCACCGAUGUUGAUGACUUCUUCCACCAGUGUGAUCCAGAGAAGGAAAACCUUUGCCUUUAUGGAUUUCCUAGUGAGGUCUGGGAAGUCAAUCUGCCUGCUGAGGAGGUGCCUCCAGAACUUCCAGAGCCAGCAUUAGGUAUUAACUUUGCCAGAGACGGGAUGGAAGAAAAGGAUUGGCUAUCCUUGGUCGCUGUGCACAGUGAUGCAUGGUUAAUUUCUGUGGCUUUUUAUUUCGGUGCUAGGUUUGGAUUUGAUAGGAUGGAUAGGAAGCGACUGUUUGGUAUGAUCAAUGAUCUUCCAACAGUAUUUGAGGUUGUUACAGGAAUGGCCAAGAAACAAGGAAAGGAAAAGACAUCAUUUUCUAAUCAUAGCAGUAACAAACCCAAAUCAAACCCUAAGAAAGGUUCUGAAUCUCAAGUGAAGUAUUCAAAGGCAAUGCCAUCAAAGGACGAGGAUGAGGAUGGUUUGGAAGAGGAAGAUGAAGAUGAGCAUGGAGAGACUCUGUGUGGGGCGUGUGGAGAUAGCUAUGCAGCUGAUGAGUUCUGGAUCUGCUGCGACAUCUGUGAGAAGUGGUUCCAUGGAAAAUGUGUGAAGAUUACCCCUGCAAAGGCUCAGCAUAUCAAGCACUACAAAUGUCCAUCUUGCAGCAACAAGAGAGCUAGAACUUGACUGCUACUGGGAUGGUGACUACUGUAUAUCCUGGCAAUUGUACGACUGCUAAUUCGCUUAGUUGGCCUGGCCUGUUAGUCUCUGUCAUUUCUUGAACAUCUGUUUCAGUUUUACAUUAGUUAUCUGAGUUACUGUUUAUUUGGUCUUAAAUUAGGAUAUUAUGUUAUAAGUGAACUUAAUAUCAUGUGCUUCCUUAAACUUAGUGGUGUCUGUAACUUUGUCCUAGUGAACUUCAUAUUAUCCCCCAUUAUGUUACAUUUUUCUCCCGAGUUUUCUCUUUCAA